CGGCGUUCCGCUCAGUGCCCGGCCGCCCGGUCCCGCCGUCUGAGGCACCUGCCGGGGAGAGCCGCCCCCGCCGUGUUCGCGCCCCGCCUCUGCGCUGGGGCUGCCCCCGUGCACCCGCCUCGCCGCCAGCGGCCCCGGCCCCCGCCGCCUGGGCUCCUGCAGCGGGGCGAUGAAGCGGGACCCGCCGCCCGCCGAGCGCCAGGCGCAGGAGGAGGAUGCUGGGGAGCAGAAAACGCCCCUCUGGAUCUUCGGCUACGGCUCCCUGGUGUGGAGACCCGACUUCGAGUUCAGCUCCAGGAAGGUGGGCUUCAUCCGCGGCUACAGCCGCCGCUUCUGGCAGGGAGACACCUUCCACCGCGGCAACGAGAAGAUGCCUGGCCGUGUGGUUACCCUCCAGGAGGAUUAUGAUGCAUGCACGUGGGGUGUUGCCUAUGAAGUCCGUGGAGAGCAGAUUGCUGCAUCACUCCAGUACUUGAACAUGCGAGAAGCAGUCCUGGGGGGCUAUGACACUAAACUAGUGAAGUUCCACCCCCAGGAUAAAGAGGCUGACGAACCCAUCUUGGCCCUAGUUUACAUUGCUACACCCCAGAACCCCACCUACCUUGGCCCAGCGUCUGAAGAGGACAUUGCAGCCCAGAUCAUUGUCUCGAGCGGUCGCUCUGGACACAACAUAGAGUAUCUGCUGCGACUGGCAGACUUCAUGCGCUACUUUUGUCCCAAGGUGGAGGACGAACACUUGUUUUCCAUUGAGGAGGCCCUCAUUUCCAUCCUGCCCUGUCUAUGCCAGGCUGAGAAUCCCUCAGUGGAAGUGUGAACAUCGUGAAGGUUGAAAGGGGGGACGUCUUCAUUUCAAAAUGUCAAAUGAAGACAUGGGGGGGAGGAAGGAAAACAAGGACCAAAUACAUUGGACUGGGGGAGACCUGAGCAAGUAACUGGGGGUGGGGAAACUGCUACAAGCAUACUUGAGCUGCCACUCCCCACCUGUAGAAACAUGGUGGCCAUUCCUGGUCUCCUGGCUGGGUGGGAGGAUCUUGACUGCUUGGUGAGUUUGCACUGUAAGGUUUGGUUCCGUGGCAGUCAGAUGUGAAGAGUGUGGUGUUCACCCCUCUCCUUUCAGAGAGAGGAUGCUGGCCUCUUCAGUGUACUUUUAUUUUGGACACCAGUUGAGCUGGACUUGACUGCAGUGUUGUUUUCACAGUAUAACGGUCACUCUACCUCAGACUGGCAAAGCUACUUAUACGGUGGUGGGGACAAGAGCAUGCUUGGUAUCAAAUGAGACCUCCUCUUUCUUCCCUCUCCCACCUCCAGUACAGUGACCUGACUCUUUAAAGUAUAAUGCCGGGGCUCCUGUGCAAUAUAAAAUUAAUUUGCCUCUAUAGGUUCUUAUGAGCCCUACCUCCUUAUAUAUGUCUCAAAGGGACAGAACCAAUGCACUUACUUUUGCAACUUGAAGAUGUAUGUAUUGUAAUGUGUAGUAAUAUAUAUUUCCUUAAGAGGGGGAACGUCCCUCUGCUGGUGUAGAGGCUCAUGCCCUGCAGUGCAGGGUGUGGCACAAAGGCAUGAGCCCCUUACCAGACCUUGAGUUUACAUGUGGAGAAAAAGCUGUCCUGAGAGUGUUGAGCGGGGAGAAGGAAGCUGAUGAAGCACUAAAGCCUAAACUCAUCAGCUUCACCUGUCAAGUUCCCUGCUGUUAAAUAGUAUAUGUGACAGAGCUGCUGCUAUUGCAAGGUCUGGUUGAAUCCCUCUCGAGAACGGACUCUUGACAACAUGGACUAGUCUUGUUUUUUAAACAGUUUCUCCAUGAUGGGGGAGAGGAAACGUUUGCCUGACAUGUUACUGUGGCUUGUGUAUAUGAGGAAGUGAAAGUGUAUUGUGCCCAGUAAUAAAACCAACUGACACUAAAAUGAAAAACAAA